AUGGCGGCUGGACAUAGAGCUAUCGUUAGAGAUCGUAUGUUUCUGAGGCAAGUGCCACGUCCUCGUGUUUUUCGCGAUAGGAGUAACCCUCUGGAGGACCUAAGGGAAGAGGAGAUAUUUGCUCGUUAUCGUUUCCGGCCGGAUACGAUCUACUUCAUUGUUGAUUUAUGCCAGGCAGCUGCCCGGGACACAGGCAGAUGUUUCGCCAUACCUUUGGUGUUGUGCGUUUUAAGCUAUCUGCGAUUUUUGGCCACAGGAGCUUUCCAGUUGACUGUCGGUGACACUGUCAACCUGAGCCAGCCCACAGUUAGCAGAGUUUGCCGCCAGGUUGGACAGGUGCUUUCUGCUCUUGCAGACCGGUAUAUCAGCUUCCCCUCCGGUGAUCGUGUCCGUCAAGUGAAGCAGCAGUUCGGUGCCAUGGCUGGCUUUCCCAACGUUGUCGGGGUAAUUGAUUGCACCCAUGUUUCGAUAAAGAAGCCAUCGGCCAAUCCAGAGGAUUACAUUGGGAGGAAAGGAAUUCCUACAAUAAAUGUGCAGGCUGUAUGUGAUGCCUCAUAUAGGAUUACAUCAGCAGUAGUGAUGUGGCCAGGGAGGACACACGAUGCACGAAUCUGGCGCCAAUGUGCACUCCGAAGGAGGUUUGAAGACGGUGCCGAGAUCCUGACGUCUAUGUACCCAUUAGCUUUUAAUCAUCCUCUGAUGCAUGCUAACCUGCUUGUAACAUAG